AUGCCCAACAAUUCCUUGAGAUAUAAGGUUUAUAAGCAAAAAAACCUUUUAGAUAAAAAUUUAAAUGGAAAAAAUGCUAAAGAUAAUUUUGAUAACUCAGAUAAUCUAUUUACAAAUGAUUUAAAGUUAAAAAAUCAGAUUUCUAGUAAAAUAAGUUUAUGUACCCUUCCUACCGAAAUACUUUUGAGAAUUUUGUAUGAACUUAUCAUAUCCGAAAGUCCAAACCCUCCCAAAACCGCUAUACUUUCAUUUCCUUUAGUUUGUCGAGUCUUAUAUAAACUCUCAAGUGAUCGCAUUAUAUGGGAACAAGUGUUUCUUUCUGAAUAUGACGUUUCAGCAAGAAAAAGAAGGUUUUCCGUUUGCAAUUCAAGAAAAAUUUACUAUCGAAGAUCAUUAUUAAAUGUAGAUCAGAUGAAUUCAAGUCUUGAUGCAUUGGAAAAUUCUUUAAAAAAUAAAUUAUUACCAGAAAAAGAAGAACAAAAAGUUAUCGACAAUGUUUUAGAAGUUUUAACUCGUUUAUGGGUUCUUGUCUCCGAAGAUGGAAAUUUACAACAAGAAGAGAUUGUGAAGAAUGUAGCAAUAAAGUUACGUGAACGUGUGUUAAAUUGGGAUCCCAAUAAACACGCCGUGUUUCCCAUGUUUGAUUGUCACGCUCUCCAUAUUUAUUUAAGAUAUAUUACAAAAGAUGAGAAAAAGCCUCUAGAUCCAGAUUCUAGAUUAUUUGAUUCUCGUAAAUCUGAUGAGAAAUUACAAUGGACUGAUAUGGUUGAUGUAUAUUCUUCCAACAAGAUUUUAUGGUGUCUCAGAAAUGAUGGAUAUGAUUUUCCUUACGGUCCACCAAGAUAUUGGACUGGAUUAUAUGUUGAUAAAUGUACCUAUAAAGAUAAUUUAAGUUAUAUUAUAGAGGGCACCUUAACAGAUGAUUCCGGAAAAUCCUUUCAUAUCGAAGGAUUUUCAGUUCCAAUUGAUAAUGGUAGAAGAGUAAGUUUUCGAUAUGUUGAUAAUACAAAAACAAUUGGUACCAAUAAUGAAUAUAAAGUAUGGAAUUAUUACGGAUAUUUGACUGCAUAUGGAAUUAUUGGUAAAUGUUGGCCCGACGGAAUGAUAGUUGAGAAUGCAACAACAACGAAAAAUUAUUUAUUUGUUUAA